GGAGAGGCCUGCCUGUGUGCAUGGGGCCACAGGUGGACGGCGCGCAGUGGGGAGCGUUCAAGCAUGGUUAAGUAAAGAGCGAAAAAAACAUAGUCGCUCUUCAAUGGCUACUUCAUAGAGUAGAUUUUAAAUGUACAAUAAACGGUAAAGGUAACAAAAGAAAGGCACCAUGUGUGUCGUGUUCGGCCUCGUGACGUUGCUUCUCUUUACCUCCGAGUGGGACGACGCGCUGGCGAAGCCAAAAGACGGGCUGAGGACCUGGGGGAGAUUCGCCAAGCUGCCCUACCCGGGGGACAAGGCUCUCCUCUAUGACACCUUCCCGGGAGACUUCAUGUGGGCCGUGGGAACCGCCGCCUACCAGGUCGAGGGCGCCUUUGACCGGGACGGCAAGGGGCUCUCUAUAUGGGACACUUUUACGCGCGGUGGGACCCGCAUGAUGACCGGGGACGUGGGCAGCGACAGCUACCACAACAUCAACGCAGACGUCCGCGCCAUCAAGCAGCUGGGGGUCAGCCACUACAGGUUCUCUCUCUCCUGGCCCCGGAUCUUCCCCAACGGGACCCGGGGCAGCUACAACGCGGCGGGGGCCAACUAUUACCGGACCCUGAUCAGGAAGCUGAAGGAGGCGCGGGUGGAGCCGGUGGUCACCCUGUACCACUGGGACCUGCCGGACGCCCUGCAGCAGGCGUUCGGCGGCUGGGGCAGUCGCCGGAUCGUGGAGCUUUUCAAAGAUUACGCGGACUUUUGUUUCCUGACGUUUGGCGAUGACGUCAAGUACUGGAUCACCAUUGAUAACCCGUUCGUGGUGGCCUGGCACGGGUACGGGACCGGCGUGGUCGCACCCGGCAUCAAGAAUGACCCUGACCUCCCGUUCCGAGUGGGACACAAUCUCAUCAAGGCCCACGCGGCCGCCUGGCACCUCUACCACCGCUUCUACCGCUCGCGGCAGCGCGGCAAGCUGUCCAUGGCGCUGGCCUCCCACUGGAUCAAGCCCAGCCGCACGCGCCGUCAGAACCUCCACGAGUGCCAGUGCUCCCUGGACCACGUGCUGGGCUGGUUCGCCCGGCCGCUCUUCGUGGACGGGGACUACCCUCCCUGCAUGAGAGACCGGCUGGGCCCCCGGCUGCCCGCCUUCACGCGCGAGGAGAGGGAGGAGGUGCGCGGCACGGCGGACUUCUUCGCGCUGUCGCACGGCGCCUCGCUCAGCUUCCACCUCAUCAACGACAGCCUGAAGUUCGGCCAGAAGGAGGACCUGGACCUGAGGAUGCUGCUGUACUGGGUGAACGCAGAGUACAACCGGCCCCCCAUCCUGGUGGUCCAGAGUGGCUGGUACGUCCUGGGCAACACCAACACGGAGGACCCCAAGCACAUGUACUACCUCAAGAGGUUCAUCGUAGAGACCCUGAAAUCCAUCAGCCUGGACCGGGUGAACGUGAUUGGCUACACGGCGUGGUCUCUGAUGGACGGCUUCGAGUGGCACCGGGAGUACGGGAUUCGUACCGGCCUUUACCACGUGGACUUCCAAACCUCGGGCAUGAAGAGGGAGCCCAAGACCUCAGCCACCUUCUACAGGGCCUUAAUCCAGAAGAACGGCUUCCCAGAGCUGCCAGAGAACCGCCCUGCCCAGGGCUUCUUCCCCUGUGACUUCGCCUGGGGCGUCUCCGCUAACUCCAUACAGGUGGAGACCACGCCCACCCAGUUCGUGGACCCCAGUGUGUACCUGUGGAACCGCUCGAGUGACGGCGAGCUGAAGAGGCUGGUGGGCUUCAGCGCGCUGCCCCUCGACCGAGCCACGCACUGCGCUAACUACGCCACCGUUCGCCAGCAGGUGAACGAGAUCCGGCAGGUGGGCGUCAGCCACUUCCACUUCUCCCUGAACUGGUCGGCGCUGGUCCCCUCGGGCGACGUGAGCCGGCCCAACGCCUCGCUGCUGCGCUACUACCGCUGCUUCAGCCAGCAGCUGCUGCGGGCCAACGUCACGCCCGUCAUCACCCUGUGGCACCACACCAGUGACACGGCGAGCCUCCCCGCACCCCUCCACACCUCCAACAAGUGGCUCAACAGGGAGGCGCCUGACCUGUUCGAGGCGUACGCCCGGCUCUGCUACCGGGAGCUGGGCGAGCACGUGAAGCUGUGGAUCACGCUGAACGAGCCCAACGACGAGACGGUGGGCUACCAGGAGGGCCACCAGAUGCUGCGGGCCCACGCCCUGGCCUGGCACGCCUACCACCGCCACUUCAGGCACACGCAGGGCGGCCAGGUGUCCCUAGCCCUGCAGAUGGACUGGGUGGAGCCGGCCUUCUCGUUCCGGCGGGAGGACGUUGAGCCGGCCAAGCGGGUGCUGGACUUCCGCGUGGGCUGGUUUGCCGAGCCCAUCUUCGGGAAGGGGGACUACCCCGUUGGGAUGAGGAACUGGCUGCGGCAGCUCAACUCCCUGGAUCUUCCGGUGUUCAACGAAGAGGACCGGCAGCUGGUCAAGGGCACGUUUGACUUCUUUGCCAUCAGCCACUUCAGCACGGACCUGGUCACCCACGCCAAGGAAGACUCGUACACCUACAUCCCCAUGCUGGAGGUCCAGUACAUGAUAGACACCACCUGGAUCAUGUCCCCCAGACCUGUGGUCCCCUGGGGGCUGAGGAAGGCCCUCAACUGGGUGAAGGAGCACUACAGCGACGUGCCCAUCUACGUGAUGGCCAACGGGGUCCAGGAAGACCCCGCCCGCUUCAAGGACAGCCUGCGCGUCUACUACCUGUACAACUACAUCAACGAGGCCCUGAAAGCCUCCACGCUGGACGGGGUGAACCUGAAGGGGUACUUCGCCUACGCGCUGAGCGACAUGCGGGACCCGGGCUUCGGACUGUACGGCCAGGUCCACGACGAGGUUAUCGUCAAAGCGUCGCUCUCCAACUACCGCAACAUCAUCGAGCACAACGGCUUCCCCGUGGCGGGGUUGCCCGCCCAGCAGUGCCCCCGGGACCCGUUGCCCUGCCUGGACUGCCAGCUGCUGACCCGGAGGCCUCUGCUGGGGUUUCUCACGCUGCUGGGCUCCGGGUUCCUCAUCACGCUGGGACUCAUUAUUUAUUACGCGGCGAAGAGACGCACCGAGUGUUACUGACGGCGCUGGGCUGUAGUUAAACGCUUUGGUUUUGUUUUAAGGUCUGGGUUUGGCUGUUGUGUGAGGAUGUGUGUCUGAUCGCUACUGUGGGUGCGUGUAUGACUGGCUGCUGAAGUUAACUUUGGUUUUAGACGAUUAAAUGUAAAUGAAAAGACUUGAUAUUCAUAACAGCAUUUAUAUUGGAGUUCAUUAGCUUGGAUACGGUAAACUAUGUCAUAGGGAGGAGGUUAGGCUAAUUAUGCCACCAGGUGUGCGCGACGCGUGAUUAGCCAUUUAAAGCUGUUUAAAAAUCUGCCGUUACCUCUGGUUCAGUUACAUCACAAGUGCGCGUGUCCACCUAGAUGUAGGACGGGCCGUAGCAAAUGUUGCUUAUCUCUCCAUCGUACAUCUAGGUGGACACGCCCACUUGUGAUGUCACUAAAACACAGGGAAAAGGUCUAAUGUCUAAUCACACUCACCUGGUGGCCUAAUAUCACGUUUAACGUAUGGCUAACCUACUGGUAUAACGGCACUCAGAAAACAGGAGACGGUCAAGAUUACACUUUGCUUUUUACACGUUCUAUUGUGUAGCAAAGUCACCUUAUAAAGGAAACCAUUGAUCCUCCAAUAUGUAUUGAAGAAUCUGACAAGUUAAUGUUGUUUUGGUAGCCCAUAUGUAUUUAACCCUUACAAUUUCCCCUAUCUAUAUAUAGCUUACUGUAAUGGAAUACAGACUACUUAUAUAUGUACAUUAAUAAUUUCGACUAUGUGACAUUGUGUAUAGAAUGCGUUUUUCUAUUCUUUGUGCUUGAGUGCACCUCUGCAAAAUAUUGCCUUCUACAAAACUCUGCCAACCAUGCACUAUUAAAUGUAAACUCAAUAAUCUG